AUGGAGAGCGACAAAAGACUCAGUGAAACACAUAUCAUGGUCCUUCCUUUCCAUUCACAGGGUCACAUAAACCCAAUGUUCCAAUUCUCCAAGCGCUUAGCCUCCAAAGGUCUCAAAGUUACACUAUUAAUCACAACAAGCUCCAUUAGCAAGUCCAUGCAUGCCCAAGAUAGCUCCAUCAACAUUGAGAUCAUUUGUGAAGGGUUUGACCAACGCAAAGCAGAAAGUAUUGAGGACUCUUUGGAGCGCUAUAGAAUAGCAGCUUCACAAAGCUUGGUUGAGCUCAUUGAGCAACACAGUAGGUCCAACCAUCCCGCUAAAAUCCUUGUGUACGAUUCGAUUUUGCCAUGGGCACAAGAUGUGGCUGAACGACAAGGCCUACAUGGGGCUUCUUUCUUCACUCAAUCAUGUGCUGUUUCUGCCAUCUAUUACCAUUUUAAUCAAAGGGCAUUCAGCAGUCCUUUAGAAGGGUCAGUGGUAGCAUUGCCUUCCAUGCCACUAUUUCAUGUCAAUGAUCUUCCAUCAUUCAUUAGUGACAAGGGAUCGGACGCUGCUUUACUGAACCUCUUGUUGAAUCAAUUUUCAAAUUUUCAGAAAGUGAAGUGGAUCUUGUUCAACACUUUCACCAAGUUGGAAGAUGAGGUGAUGAACUGGAUGGACAGCCAACGGCCAGUCAAGACAAUAGGACCAACUGUUCCUUCGAUGUACUUAGACAAAAGGUUGGAGCAUGACAGAGACUACGGUCUCAGCCUUUUCAAGCAGAAUAUUGACACCUGCAUUACAUGGCUAGACACAAAGGAAAUUGGGUCGGUUGUUUAUGUAUCAUUUGGGAGCGUGGCAUCACUGGGAGAGGAGCAGAUGGAGGAACUAGCAUGGGGCCUGAAGAGGAGCAACAGCCAUUUCCUGUGGGUAGUCAGAGAAUUGGAAGAGAAAAAGUUCCCCUACAAUUUUGUAGAGGAGACAUCUGGGAAGGGUUUGGUUGUGAGUUGGUGCCCUCAACUGAAAGUUUUGGCACAUAAAGCAGUUGGGUGUUUCCUCACUCAUUGCGGAUGGAACUCAACGCUGGAGGCACUGAGCUUGGGAGUGCCAAUGGUAGCGAUGCCUCAGUUUUCCGACCAAACAACUAAUGCUAAGUUUAUUGAGGAUGUAUGGCGGGUUGGGGUUAGAGUUAAGGCGGAUGAAAAGGGGAUUGUUAAGAGACAGGAAAUAGAGAUGUGCAUUAAGGAAAUCAUGGAGGGAGAGCGAGGGAAUGAGAUGAAAAGGAAUGCUGAGAGGUGGAAGGAGUUGGCUAAAGAGGCAGUAAAUGAAGGUGGAAGCUCUGAUAAGAACAUUGAAGAAUUUGUUGCAGAAAUUUUAUGCAGCUGA